AUGGGCUGCGCCCCAAGCAUCCACGUUUCCGAGAGCGGGACUCUGUACCCCAGCGGCAAAGAGGCCGAGGACGCGCCCGGCGCCGCCGGGCAGCGCCUCCCUCACGGCCGAGAGACCACCGCCUCGCCCGCGACCAGCGGUCCCGGCCUCGCGGCGUCCGAGUCUCGCGGCGGCGGCAGCAAGACGGUGGCAGCUGAAGUGCAAUUUGGCCCCAUGAAAUUUCAUCCAGAUCAACUCCAGGUACUUUUAGUGUUUACCAAAGAGGACAACCAGUGUAACGGAUUCUGUAAGGCAUGUGAAAAAGCAGGGUUUAAGUGCACGGUUACCAAGGAGGCUCACACCGUCAUGGCCUGUUUCCUGGCCAAACACCAUGAUGUCAUCAUCAUCGACCACAGAAAUCCCCGGCAGCUGGAUGCAGAGGCGCUGUGCAGGUCUAUUAGAUCCUCAAAAGUCUCAGAAAACACAGUUAUUAUUGGCGUAGUACGCAGGGCGGAGAGAGAAGAGCCGUCCGUGCUGCCCCUCAUCGCCGCCGGCUUCACGAGGAGGUACGUGGAGAACCCGAGCCUCAUGGCCUGCUACAACGAGCUGCUCCAGCUGGAGUUCGGGGAGGUGCGCUCACAGCUGAAACUCAGGGCUUGUAACUCAGUAUUCACUGCAUUAGAGAAAAGUCAAGAAGCAAUUGAAAUCAUAAGUGAAGACCACAUUAUACAGUAUGCAAAUCCUGCAUUUGAAACAACAAUGGGCUAUAAAUCAGGUGACUUAAUAGGGAAGGAGUUAGCAGAAGUGCCUAUAAAUGAAAAAAAGUCGGAUUUGCUUGACACUAUAAAUUCUUGCAUCAAGACGGGGAAGGAGUGGCAAGGAGUUUACUACGCCAAAAACGGAGACAAUUUGCAGCAGAAUGUGAAGAUAGUACCUGUCAUCGGGCAGGGGGGAAAAAUUAGACACUAUGUGUCCAUUAUCAGAGUGUGCAGUGGCAACAAUAAGGCUGAGAAAAUAGCGGAAUGCAUUCCAUCUGACACUCACACAGAUGGCCAGCCAGGCAAACAGAAAGACAAGAGGAAGAGCUCACUGGAUGUCCUCAGUGUGGCCUCUCGGACAAACGAAGUGGCCAGCCAGAGGCGACACUCCUCCAUGGCCCGGAUACACUCUAUGACCAUCGAGGCGCCCAUCACCAAGGUAAUCAACAUUAUCAACGCUGCCCAGGAAAACAGUCCCAUGCCUGUGACAGAAGCCUUAGACCGUGUGCUGGAAAUUCUGAGAACCACUGAGUUAUAUUCACCGCAGCUUGGUGUUAAGGAUGACGAUCCUCACGCCAGCGACCUCGUCGGGGGCCUAAUGUCUGAUGGUUUGCGAAGGCUGUCUGGGAAUGAAUAUGUGCUUUCAACAAAAGGCCUGAACCACGUUCCGAGCACUAUAGUCACUCCCCUCACCCUUCAUGACGUGUCGCCGCGGAUAGCGCAGGCCGUAGAAAAUGAGGACUACUGGGACUUUGAUAUUUUUGAACUGGAGGCUGCCACUCAGAAACGGCCUCUAAUUUAUCUUGGUCUCAAAAUCUUCGCUCGUUUUGGACUCUGUGAAUUCUUAAACUGCUCUGAGACGACGCUGAGAUCGUGGUUGCAGGUCAUUGAAGCCAAUUACCAUUCCUCCAACCCCUACCACAACUCUACACACGCUGCCGACGUGCUGCACGCCACUGCCUAUUUCCUCUGCAGGGAAAGGAUAAAGCAAACUUUAGACCCAGUGGACGAGGCCGCAGCCCUCAUUGCAGCCGCCGUCCAUGACGUGGACCACCCCGGGAGGACGAACUCCUUCCUGUGUAACGCUGGGAGCGAGCUGGCCAUCCUGUACAAUGACCUGGCCGUGCUGGAGAGCCACCACGCGGCCUUGGCCUUCCAGCUGACCGCCGGGGACGACAAGUACAACAUCUUCAAAAACAUGGAGAGGAACGACUAUCGGACCCUGCGCCAGGCCAUCAUCGACAUGGUCCUGGCCACGGAGAUGACGAAGCACUUUGAGCACGUCAACAAGUUUGUCAACAGCGUCAACAAGCCCUUGGCAGGGCUAGAGGAAAGCGAGAAGACCGAGGAAGACCGAGAAGCCAUUAACACUAGUCUCAGGACCCCGGAGAACCGGGCUCUGAUCAAACGGAUGCUGAUUAAGUGCGCCGACGUGUCCAACCCCUGCCGGCCCCUGGAGCACUGCAUCGAGUGGGCUGCACGCAUCUCAGAAGAGUACUUUUCUCAGACCGACGAAGAAAAGCAGCAGAACCUACCUGUGGUGAUGCCGGUCUUUGACAGAAACACCUGCAGCAUCCCCAAGUCCCAGAUCUCCUUCAUCGACUACUUCAUCACAGGCAUGUUCGAUGCUUGGGACGCCUUUGUAGACCUACCGGAGUUACUGCAGCACCUGGACAACAAUUUUAAAUACUGGAAAGGACUCGAUGAAAUGAAGCUGCGGAGCCUCCGGCCACCUCCAGAACCAGAAUAGGGACGGGCUCCUUCGCUACAGAAACCGGACCUCGGGAACCGCUCUCCUCGCCUGGCGGCCUUUGCCAGUGACUCUGCAAAUUAAAAGAGAUUAAGACUGAA